AAUAAAGCGCGUAGUAUUUAUAUGCAUUCGCAUUCCUCUUCAUCUCUGAUCUGCUAGCUCAUCACACUAAAACUAAGCUGUUAAUAAAUAAUAAAGGCCAUAUAAUGCUGCCAUCUUUCUCAUCUUCACUACCCUUUCCGCCCUUCAACCACAGAAAAAGUAGAGAAACCAGUGUGAACAAAUCAACAGCAGCAUGUGCUACGCUCUCUUCGUUUCUUCAACAUGAAUCAUCAUCUUCAUCAUUAUCAUCAUGUUCCAAUCAGAAAACGCCAUCUGUACAUACCCAAAAACCAUCCUCAUCGUCAUCCUCAUCGUCAUCGACCAGCAGGUAUAAGUUAAAGGGUAUCGGCAGCCGUCAAGUGGUAGUGGAAGAAACCGAUGAAAAGGUAGCGGCUACGCCGCCGCCGGCUGCGGUGACAGCCACUGCUCCUAGUCCCGGCCAUGCUUUUAUCUCUGAUCUUCUUGAUAAGUAUGAGGUCCACAGAAUAUCUCUAUUGCUUGACCACUACAUAGAGACUAGCUGCGACGACCGCCGCCGCCCCGGCAACGGGAAGAGCGGAAGGAGUAAUGUGAAGAAGAAGCCGCCGCUUCCGCCUGUGGGGUUGUGGCUGAUGAGGCAAACAUCGCUGUGUGGGUCCCGCACGACUGAUGUGGUGGAAGAAUCUACUGCACGUAUUGAAAUUGGCGGCUGUUCAUCAUCCCGAUGGCUACUGAGGCGGUAGAUACAUACGGAGUGUGUACGUAUAAUUGUAUAUGGCGUAGAAUCCCGUAGAUUAUGGAAAAUUCUAGAGAAAUGGUCCCCGGAGUCCGGACUAAAAAUAAUUUUAUGUACUCC